AUGAAGAAUGGAAAAUCUGGUGGAGACGACGGGAUUAGCUCAGAAAUGCUAAAAUAUCUUCCUCCGUCUGGGAUUCGUGAGAUGACAAAGAUCAUCCGUUCAAUAUGGAUAAACGAAAGGAUACCUGAUUCGUGGAGACACGCUAUCAUAAUUCUCCUCCACAAGAAGUUAUUCGUCACGGACCCAAGGAAUUAUCGAGGAAUCUCUUUGCUGCGUGUUAUGUACAAGGUAUUGGAGCGCAUUAUCCUGGACCGACUCAUUAAACAUCGCGAAAAAACAACGCGUGACGAGCAAGCUGGCUUUCGUUCUGGCCGAUCUACGAUUGACCAGGUGUUCAUCGUCAGGAGAGUGAUCGAAAUCUGGCAGCGGUAUUCGAAGCCAAUGCAACUAGCGUUUCUGGACUUUGAAGCCGCGUUCGGCUCUCCCCACCGAGGCCGUCUUCUCAACGCGCUUUGCGCCGAUGGAGUACCAGGAAAGUUCGUUCGCUUGCUUGAUGACAUGAAUCAACGAACAACUGCUGCAGUUCGAACACCAGCCGGAUGUACAACACCGUUUGAAGUGGUAACUGGAGUAAGACAAGGGGCGGUGGCAGGACCCAUCCUGUUCAAUUUCGCCAUCGACGACAUUAUACGAAGAACAGUCGACCAGUGUCCUGCCGACAUUGUCUUACCACCAUCAGGGUGCCUUGACUGA